AUGUCUCACGGCACCGUAGGCUACUUUCACUGCGCCUACACGUACGAGGCCCCGUAUACCGACCAGUCCGGGAAGCGCGUUUUGCUGCCAAGCCCGACCUACCGCAGCGCCUUUUACUCUCCGGCCAAGAAGGAUCACCAGGGGCAGAACGAGUGGUUCAAGGACAAGUUCCUGCCGGCCGCGGAGGCGCACAUCAAGAAGAACUACUAUGGCGACGUGGACAGGAACAACAAGGGGCGAACCUACGAGCGGUACAACCAGAAGUACAUGGUCCACGAGCUCAAGUUCUGCGAGAAGCUGCCGGUUCACCACGAAGGAAGGUUCAAGGGUCAGCCGUACGGGACGCAGAUCUGA